GUUUUUAAGGGUGGACUGUGCACAUUUUAAUAUGCCGCCGGUGUAUCACCGAUAAAAAAACGUCCCCGAGUGGUAUUGAAACACCCUUCACAACAAAGAAUGUAAUCAAUGGACUCAUCUCAUUGGGUGAGUAGACCGGUGUGACGGGGAUAGUAGUCCUAGGGCUGGUAGUCCGUGUAACAAUAGCCCGCAUUGCUAAAUGUUUUGGUUAGUGUUAGCGGUACAAUAGAUCAUGCUGCUUAAUUGGUCAAAUACAAUGCUACCGGACUAUGACUCCAGGGGGACUAUAUCCGCUGUCACACCGGUACGCUCAGCUCGUACACGAAGAGAGUACUGGAAGGUAAAUUAUGUCACUUUUAGAGAUUAGUCGGGAAUGUUGAUAUUUCCCAUUUGAAACCAAGCACUCCGAUAAUUUGCUGUGGGCCUUUGUGUCAACGCCCGUCAUGAAAGGUCCGUUGCGGACGCACUAAUGUAACUGAACAGACGAUGCUUUUAUAUCAAUAUAACCAGUACCAGUAAUUUGUGGGUUUCUAUGGCAUUUAUUGUCAAUGAUUGGCAAUGAUAUAAUGGUUUAUAUAUUCAUGCGUGUGAAUGAUUUCCUCCAUUACGUUCUUGCAGUGUUCGAUAGGCGUCAUCGUCGAUACCGAAACAGUCACUUUUGAUUCAGCAGAGGGCCAGAAAACUGGCUACAAAAUAAAGUCCCCAUCCGCUGAAAAAACUGAACAUUGCUGGUGUUUUUUUUAAUUUUUACUUUAUGUAGCUGAUAAGACCGUCGGUUUCCAUUUCAAACGUUCAAUUUUGGAUAAACUGUCAAAAUAAGAUCUCUCAACAUGGAGAUGCUACGUCGACGUAUGAAAUUCAUCGCUGUUUUAUUUCUUAUGACAAUAAAUGAUUUUGGAAUGUGCGCUGACGUGACCUUGUCAUCGGAAGCCAAGGUCAUCCGGCUGCUGACCUCCAACCCAAACUACGAUAAGAGAGUCCGUCCAAUCAAGAACAGCUCCAACCCGAUCUUUGUGAGCCUCAGCCUCCUUCCCAGGAGCCUCAUCUCGCUGGACGAUGAAAAACAGCGUAUCGCCAUUGCUGCAUAUUUUGAUUUGAGAUGGAAAGACGAAUACAUGCAUUGGGACCCGGCGCAAUAUGACGGCGUCAAAAGGAUCGUACUGACAAACCAAGACAUCUGGAUCCCGGAUAUCAUUACUAUUGAUAGCCAGGGCGGCAUGGACGACGUGGCCUACACGAUUGUAGGAGUCGACCUAGUUGUCACGUAUGAUGGCAAUGUCACGUGGUACUCAAACCGCGUCUUUGUCAGGUCAUGCUCUCUAAAAAUGACCUACUUCCCAUUCGACGUCCAGGAGUGCUACUUCCGGUUUGAGAGUCGCACUCACAAUCGGCCAUCUCUGACUAUGUUCGCUCACCAACAUCCCGCGCAAAUCGAAUCACUCGACAUUAGCGAAUUACACAAGUAUCACGACGGCCAAUGGGAUUUCGUCAAGGGAGAUGCUGCGGUCUUCGUCGAGGUUUAUUUGGACUGGUCGUACUAUCGAGCGAAUUUGACAAUGAAACGGAAACCGAUAUAUUUUAUUUUGAAUAUUCUCGGGCCGUGUGUCGUCAUAUCGCUUUUGAUUCCCAUCAUGUUCUACCUGCCGCCCGACUCCGGGGAGAAGAUAUCCAUGGGCGUGACGAUCCUACUGGCGUUCUCGGUGUUUCAGAUGGUCCUUGCUGAGUCCCUGCCACACAACAGCGACACAACACCAAUUAUAGUGAUUUACAUCACGGUGUUGAUGGCUUCCUCCGCAUUAUCCAUCAUAUUGGCAGUAAUUGUUUUGCAAUUGCAUCUCCGUGGGGACGUCAUGAUGCCAAGAUGGCUGCGGUUUCUCGUCUUCGACUGUCUCGCGAGAGUUGUUUGCAUGCAUGAGUCAGCACAAAGGAAAAUCAAGAUGGUCGAAGGCACCGAGAUAAUCUUUGAGAACGGAAGAUUUCCAUCCACAAAGAUGGAUUUUGAUGACAAAAAUGGCGUCCAACUCGAAUCAGUAAACAAGAAUUGGUCCACAAAACCAAGGAAUACAGAUGACGUCCUCCUAUCAGUGUUGAACCAAACUAACCGACCUACAGACCAGUUUUCAACGCGCCCUGAGAACGGAAAUGUUGAAUUAUAUUUGUCGAAAAUCGUGGAUUCUCUGAAUAACAGCUUCGGGGUACAGAAUGAGGCAAGAAGGAAGAGCGAAUUAAGUUAUCUUUGGAAGGAGAUGGCCAGAGUAUUGGACAGGGUCUUCAUGUUGUGUUACUUCAUAAUCAACAUCGUUGCAGCGGCCACAUUCGUUGGAUUGUUUCUUCAGAACCCAAACAAAUGAAUCUUAAUAAACUCGGGCCAUGACAGAUUUGGGCAUCACAGAAGAAAUCCCGAAAUCUGCAAUUUG